UAAUGAUCCCGUGGGGUCCUCACAGCUUGUGUUUUGCUACUUGAAAUACAACGCAAAUAUAAUUUAAGGGUUUGAAGUGUUCUUCAGAAACUGUGCUGUAAGGCUUUAUUUUUUUUACAUUAUUUUUUUUUUAUACAGUGUACUACAUCAUAGAGAAGCAAUGUCGACCCCAUUGGAGAAGCCACAGAUUAUAUCUCACAUUCAGAAAAGUUUGAACUAUACGGUUUUUGACAGCAAAUGGAUCCCCUGCAGCGCAAAGUUUGUAUGCAUGGGAAACUUUCCAAGAGGUACAGGAGUGAUACAGAUCUACGAGGUUCAACACGGGGAGGUUCAGCUUAUCAAAGAGAUUGAAAAAGCCAAGCCUUUUAAAUGUGGCACGUUUGGAGCAACUUCACUACAACAGAGGCAUUUAGCAACUGGGGAUUUUGGAGGAAACCUUAAUAUUUGGAACCUUGAAGCUCCAGAGAUCCCAGUUUAUUCAGUGAAAGCACAUACAGAAAUUGUAAACACUAUUGAUGGUGUAGGAGGUCUGGGUAUUGGGGAUGGAGCUCCUGAAAUUGUAACUGGGAGCAGAGAUGGGACAGUAAAGGUGUGGGACCCAAGGCAGAAAGACACCCCUGUUGCUAAUAUGGAACCAAUAGAAGGAGAAACAAAGAGAGACUGCUGGACUGUAGCAUUUGGUAAUGCCUCCAAUGACCAGGAUCGAUGCGUCUGUGCUGGGUAUGACAAUGGCGAUAUUAAACUUUUUGAUCUGAGGAACAUGUCAGUAAGAUGGGAAACAAACAUAAAAAAUGGGGUAUGUUGCGUUGAGUUUGACAGGAAAGACAUCAAUAUGAACAAACUUGUUGCCACAUCACUAGAAGGAAAAUUUCAUGUUUUCGACAUGAGGACCCAACACCCAACCAAAGGUUUUGCUUCAGUCUCUGAAAAGGCCCAUAAAUCUACUGUCUGGCAGGCAAGGCACUUGCCACAGAACAGAGACAUCUUUAUGACGGCAGGGGGAGCAGGAGGCCUUCAUCUUUGGAAAUAUGAGUAUCCAGCUCAAAGAAGUAAGAAGGAUGCAGAUGAGAUUGAAAUGGGAGUUGCAGGGUCUGCCAGUCUUCUGCAGAAUGUCACUUUGUCAACGCAGCCUAUUGCAAGUCUAGACUGGAGUCCUGAUAAACAGGGUCUCUGUGUCUGCUCAGCCUUUGACCAAACUGUAAGGGUCCUUAUUGUUACCAAACUCAACAGAGUUUAGAGUGUUACAAUGCAAAGUGUGUUUAUUUAAGCUGUAUUCAUUUUUAUUAUUAUUAUUUUUUUUUAAAAAUCUUAAGUAAGCUCGUUAGAAGCACACAAUAUCUUAAUCAAUAAUGAGAAGGCAUUUUGUUACUUUUUGAUGUUUACUUUUUUCCAUGCACACAAUACAUUUGUAAACCAUACAACCUGUACAUAAUAGAAACCUAUAUAAUAGUUACAUGAUCACAUGCUUUAACUUAUCUAAAAAGAUCAUUAACAUUUAACAUCCUCUUUGUUCUGUUUUUGAGUACUUUUAUAAAAGCAUAAAUUACAUAAAAUAUGAACUGUAGUGGAAAACUGUAUAAGUGAUAGUUAAAGUUUAAUUUGUGAUUUAAUUUUUUUUUUUUUAUUGUCAGUAAAUAAAGUAUUUUCUCGUGA